GCCCACCGCUGCCCUUCAAGGGCCAAGUACAAUUUUUCCAGGACCCAAGAUCCGUUUUGUUAUCCCAUUUCUAGAGAAGGUGGCUGGGAGCUCAGGAGAGGAAAUGGACUUUUUUGAAGAGAAAAGCGGAGGGAGACGAUGGAGAAGGCGUCGCUAAAGUGUCGCUGAUUUUCGCGCGCUUUGGCGCGGGUGGUUGUGGGUAGCGCGCCCGGGAAGGAGAUUGGAGUCGGGGGGCUGCGACCGCGCCACCCGCAGGGCCUGAGGGGAUGUUCGAGGACGAGGCCCACGCGGAGGGGGCGGCGGUGGUCGCCGCGGCCGGGGAAGCACUUCAGGCCCUAUGCCAAGAGCUGAACCUGGACGAGGGGAGCGCGGCCAAAGCCCUGGACGACUUCACCGCCAUCCGGGGCAACUACAGCCUAGAGGGAGAAGUUAUACACUGGUUGGCAUGUUCACUCUAUGUUGCAUGCCGAAAAAGCGUUAUUCCCACAGUUGGAAAGGGUAUCAUGGAAGGAAAUUGUGUAUCACUUACCAGGAUACUACGUUCAGCUAAAUUAAGUUUAAUUCAGUUUUUUAGUAAAAUGAAGAAGUGGAUGGACAUGUUAAACUUGCCACAGGAAUUUCGCGAACGUAUAGAAAGGCUGGAGAGAAAUUUUGAGGUGUCUACUGUGAUUUUCAAAAAAUUUGAGCCAAUUUUUUUAGAUAUAUUUCAAAAUCCAUAUGAAGAGCUACCAAAGUUACCACGAAGCAGGAAGCAGAGAAGGAUUCCUUGCAGCGUUAAGGAUCUCUUUAAUUUCUGCUGGACGCUAUUUGUUUACACCAAGGGGAACUUUCGUAUGAUUGGGGAUGAUUUAGUAAACUCUUACCAUUUACUUCUGUGCUGCUUGGAUCUCAUUUUUGCCAAUGCUCUUAUAUGCCCAAAUAGACGAGAUUUGCUAAAUCCAUCAUUUAAAGGUUUACCACCUCAUUUCCAUACUGCUGACUUUAGGGCUUCUGAAGAGCCUCCCUGCAUCAUUGCUGAACUGUGUGAACUGCAUGACGGACUUCUGGUAGAAGCAAAAGGAAUAAAGGAGCACUACUUUAAGCCAUACAUUUCGAAACUCUUUGAUAGGAAGAUUUUAAAAGGAGAAUGCCUCUUGGACCUUUCCAGUUUUACUGAUAAUAGCAAAGCAGUGAACAAGGAGUAUGAAGAGUAUGUUCUAACCGUUGGUGAUUUUGAUGAGAGAAUCUUUUUGGGAGCAGAUGCAGAAGAAGAGAUUGGAACUCCUCAGAAGUUCCCUAGUGACACCCAGUCAGGGAAACUGACAGCACGGGCUAAUGUGGAGUGUAACCUUCAACAACACUUUGAAAAAAAAAGAACAUUUGCACCUUCUACCCCACUAACAGGACGGCGAUAUUUACGAGAAAAAGAAGCAGUGGUUACUCCUGUUGCUUCAGCAACCCAAAGUGUGAGCAGGUUACAGGGUGUUGUGGCCGGACUGAAAAAUGCUCCAAGUCAACAGCUCAUAAAUAUUUUUGAGUCUUGUAUGCGUAAUCCUUUGGAAAACAUUACAAAAAUAGUGAAAGGAAUAGGAGAGUCUUUCUGCCAACACUAUACUCAGCCAGCUGAUGACCAGCCAGGAUCUCACAUAGACUUUGCUGUAAACAGACUAAAACUGGCAGAAAUUUUAUAUUAUAAAAUGUUAGAGACUGUAAUGGUUCAGGAAACACGAAGACUUCAUGGAAUGGACAUGUCAGUUCUUUUAGAACAGGAUAUAUUUCAUCAUUCGUUGAUGGCCUGUUGUUUGGAAAUUGUGCUCUUUGCCUAUAGCUCACCUCGUACUUUUCCCUGGAUCAUUGAAGUUCUCAAUUUGCAACCGUUUUAUUUUUAUAAGGUUAUUGAGGUGGUGAUUCGCUCAGAAGAGGGGCUCUCGAGGGACAUGGUUAAACACCUGAACAGCAUCGAAGAACAGAUUUUGGAGAGCUUAGCUUGGAGUCAUGAUUCCGCGCUGUGGGAGGCUCUCCAGGCUUCUGCAAACAAAGUUCCUACCUGUGAAGAAGUUAUAUUCCCAAAUAACUUUGAAACAGGGAAUGGGGGAAGUGUACAGGGACAUCUUCCCAUGAUGCCAAUGUCUCCUAUAAUGCAUCCACGCGUCAAAGAAGUUCGGACUGACAGUGGGAGUCUUCGAAGGGAUACGCAACCACUGUCUCCAAUUUCUGUCCAUGAACGCUACAGUUCUCCUACAGCAGGCAGUGCUAAGAGAAGACUUUUUGGCGAGGACACCCCAAAGGAAAUACUUAUGGACAAGAUCAUAACAGAAGGAACAAAGUUGAAAAUUGCUCCUUCAAGUAUUACCACUGAAAAUGUAUCAAUUUCACCUGGGCAGAGUCUUCUAACAAUGGCCACACCCACAGUAACAGGGACAAUAGGACAAAAAGUUACAAUCCCAUGUCAUGGUAUUGCAAAUGAUGCUGGAGGGAUCACAUUGAUACCCAUUUCCAUGAAUACAACUCAGGAGUCCAAAAUGGAGAGUCCUGUUUCACUUACUGCUCAGUCGCUAGUUGGCAUUUCUUCAAAACAGAACCAUUUGACUAAAGCACAAGAGGUACAUCCAACUGGAAUAAGCAAACCAAAGAAAACUGGGUCCUUAGCACUGUUUUACAGAAAGGUCUAUCACUUGGCAAGUGUACGCUUACGUGAUUUAUGUUUAAAACUGGAUAUUUCCAAUGAGCUGCGAAGAAAGAUAUGGACAUGUUUUGAAUUCACUUUAGUUCACUGCUCUGAUUUAAUGAAAGACAGACAUUUGGAUCAGCUACUCCUUUGUUCCUUUUACAUCAUGGCAAAGGUAACAAAAGAAGAAAGAACUUUUCAAGAAAUAAUGAAAAGUUAUAGGAAUCAGCCCCAAGCUAAUAGUCAUGUCUAUAGAAGUGUUUUAUUGAAGACUGUUCCAAGAGAAGUUGUGACAUACAGUGAGAACAUAAACGGUGAUAUUGAAAUGACAGAUUGUGACUUAGAAGAUGCUACACAAACAACAGACUGUUCCAGUGGGCCAGUGAGAGAGGAAAGAGGUGAUCUUAUCAAAUUUUACAAUACAAUAUACGUAGGAAGAGUGAAGUCAUUUGCAUUGAAAUACGACUUGUCAAAUCAAGCCCAUAUGAUGGAAGCUCCACCGCUCUCUCCUUUCCCACAUAUUAAGCAGCAGCCAGGCUCACCCCGCCGCAUUUCCCAACAGCAUUCCAUCUAUGUUUCCCCACACAAGAAUGGGGCAGGCCUUACACCAAGGAGUGCUCUGCUGUACAAGUUCAAUGGCAGCCCUUCUAAGAGUUUGAAAGAUAUCAACAACAUGAUAAGGCAAGGUGAGCAGAGAACCAAGAAGCGAGCAAUAACCAUCAAUGGUGGUGCAGAAUCCCCUGCCAAACGCCUCUGUCAAGAAAACGAUGAUAUUUUACUGAAACGACUGCAGGAUGUGGUCAGUGAAAGAGCAUAUCAUUAAUGCCACUUCCUUUUUGAUAAAAGCACUUUGAAGUUGUUUUGCAGAAAAUAUGGGCUGUAUCCUUCAAACUUUUCAGCCCUGCAGAUGGUAAAUAUAACUGGGUUUAAGAAAAAUUGCACCAAAAUUAUGUGCUUUUUUUUUACAUUUUUCCAAAAUGUGGUGGACAGAGAUGUAUUUUGAGUUAAAUAGAAAAGGAGUGUUUUAAGUACCUUUUAAAAAUAUUAAUAGUCAUAGAGUUUUUAAAUGUUUGAUCCUUGGGUUAGUUUUUAUGAUGAAGUAGGGAAAAAUCCAUAUAGUCCAUACUGUUUCAGCUCGCUUUAAAAAAAGUCUUCUCCUUCUGUGCUUUGUAAUACAAGAGUAAAUAAUCAAUUUUUGGGAAGCAUACUUUGAGAUAUUUGUGUUCUCAAUUUAACAUUGAAGUAGGGGUUGUUUCCCAUAGCACCUGGGCCAGAAGGUGGUACACCAGCCUGUCUCUAGCCCACUGUAGUGACUCCACAUCCAGUUGCCACUACCCUUCUAAGUUGCCCAGACCCAUUCUUCUUGUACCUUUCUUCUUGAGCAUAAGCAGAUGUGUAUCUGAGCCCCUGUACUGUCCCCACUCCUGGCUUUCCAACCCUGAGCUCUCUUAACCUGGUAUCAUAGCACUAUAAAAGGGGCACUGGCUCCCCUUUGAAACUAUUGGCAUUUUGUUUUUAUAACAUUAACUUAACUAUACAUGAUUGUAUUAAAUCAUGUAAUUCUCAAAACAGGAAGCUGCUUCUCAAGCCAAACCAAACCAAAAAAAAAAAAAAAACCCAUUGCCUUCGAGUCCAUUCUGACUCAGUAGCGACCCUUUAGGACAGAGUAGAACUGCCCCAUAGGGUGUCCAAGGAGUGGUGGAAACUUCUGACCUUUUGGUUAGCAGCAGCACUAACCAGAGCUCCACUUCUCAAGCAAGUAGAAUAUAACCAGAGCUCCACUUCUCAAGCAAGUAGAAUAUAAUUGAGAUAGUUGUUAGAAACUGCAUUUCCCACUAGUGAGAUAAAUAGAACAUGAUAAUGUCUGAGAUACCAUGUUUGAGGUCUUCAUAAGAUCAGUAAUUUUCAAUGUCUAAUUGAUUCCCUUAAAAUAUUUGAAGCCUUUUUUGUUGGCAACCAGUGUCACAAAACAAUGUGUAUUAAUUGUUUAAUGAGAAAGUAAUUUGCUCUGUGAAGCUUCAUCUAAAGUACAAUAAAGAAAAAAAGAUAUUUGAAGGCUUUUUCAAAGCCACAUUAAAAUCACCUCAUGCCUUAUAAUUCUAAUAUGCAUCAGCAAAACAGCUGCUUAUUACUUCCCUGUCUUUGUUCUCAGUACUAUUGGUGCAUUGAGAGUUUCCUGUUAGGGGUUGACGUGAGUUCCCCAGAGAUUUAUGUUUCCAAACAGUCAGCUCCUUAACGUCUACUUUUUCUAGUAUGUUUCCAGAAACUGGAGAAACAUGGAUAAGCCAUCCUUAAUUAAUUUUGAGAAUAUGUGUUUUUAACUGCAAACCUUAUUUUUUAAAAUGUAUAAUAUCUAAUUUAUCUAUGUUUUUUUUUUUAACCCUGAUUGGACCAUCAAUUAGUAAUUGGUAUUGUCACAAAUUUUAUUUUUAAAUUUUAAAAAGAAAGAAUUUUGAUCACAUUUUACUUCUCUAAAAAUUAUAUCCUCGUUUUUUUGUGUAGUAUCUACACAUUUUAUAAGCCAAAUAAUAUAAAGUCUGUCUUGAAAUCUUGUACAUAUUCUUAUGUAACUACAACCAUUGUGUCAUUUUCAUCUUCAUUAUUAAUGUGCAAAAUAUAAAUGAGCAUUUGUACAUUGACUGUGUAAGAAGCUAGACAUGUUUUUUAUCAGUUUUCAGAGUAAUGAUGUCACUGUACAUAAAUGGUUAAUAAAACAUUGGAGUUUUUGAGAUUAUUGGAAAAAAACUAUGCUUGUGCUCUUUUCUGUGUGACUAAAAACAAUUGUGCAGUCAUCUAAAAUCUAUAUCUCUUUUAAGUAUCUGCUCUUUAUCUUUUUAAUUCUUUAGUGUAACUUAAAAGUUAAUGUUCCUGGUGGUUGCCAGGGCCUAGGGGGAGGUGAGUAGGGGGAGUGACUGCUUAAUAGGUACAGGAUUUUCUUUCGGGAUUUUGAAAAUGUUUUGGAACUUGAUAUAAGGAGUCGUUGCAUAUCACUGUGAAUGUAUUAAAUGCCACUUUAAAAUGGCUAAUUUUAUAUGGAUUUCACCUCAAUAAUUAAAAAAAAUUGUUUAAAAAACAGUAUUAUUUCAAGGCAUUGGAGUGAAUAUAUAGACAAGGUUAUGAUAGCAAAUUAAUGAAAAAGCUCAUUUCUCUGUCAGGCAUGCUUUCAGGCAUAUUUGUCCAGAUGAGACUCACAGUUUAAAAAUUCUUUUCUAAUUAACUUUUGAUGUGGUUAGAUUACAUUAAAUCAUACACAAAUUAGUUAAUGUCCCUGCUUGUUUUUAUUUUCUUCCUUUAUAAUAUUUUCACUAAGUCAACAAGCAUUUAUUAUCUGCUGCCUCUAUGCCAGGUCCUCUGCUAGGUGCUAGGGAUUUAAAGGUCAACACAGACAUAGUUCCUGCACUCAAGAUAUAUUUGUAGCCAAUAUCAUAAGUAUAGUAAUACAGCUCUGCACAGAGAGUAAUGGUGAUAUUACAGAGAAGUGAGUGAUUCAACUCUACCCAGGCAAGUGUGUCAGGGAAAUCUCUAAAAGGAAGGUUAUGUGGUUAGUCCAUGUGAAUAAAUAACUGGCACGGGAGGAAAAUUAUCAAGACACAGAUCGCAACCUGUGGAAAGGCUCAACCACACGAAAAUACUACAGGUUUGAGAAUCGGGCAGAAACGUUAGUGAGGAUGGAACAUAAUGUGCAUAGGCAAGAAUAUGGUGGGAGAGAGAGAGCUAGAAAGACCGGCAGGGAAGAUUGCAUAGAUAGGCUUUCUAAACCAGGUUAAGGAUCUUAGGCUCGAUCAUUUCCAGUGGUUCUCAACAUUGGCUGUUCCUGGGAAGCUUUAAAAAACGCGCUGAUUCUUAGGUCCCUGAGCUCUACCCUGACCACCAAACCAGGCAGCUGGAGCAGGUGUGCACCUUCCUUAAGUGCAAUAGCUUCAGUAGCCCAAGGUAACAGGGCUAGAGAGGCUGAGGGACAGCGACCCUAGGCAGGUACCAUCUGGGAUUGAUGGGAGGGCACCCUGAGGUAAAGCAGAGAAGGGAGACUGGAUAUGGGAGGCACUCAGAGGGGAGACCUGAGUCAGACAGGGGUACCCCGGGAGGGACGCCCUGAGGUGGAGAAUGGAGAUAUGAGGCAGAGAGCCUUCAGGAAGAGGCAACCUGAGUCAGGGAAGGGAGACUCCCCAUGGGAGGCACUCAGAAGGGGUGGACCUUAGGCAGAGGGCACCCAGGAGAAAAGAGGGUGACUUGAGGUUGGGGACACUUAGGGACUGUGAACCUGGAGGGGCAAUGGCAGAUUUUGGUCUUACUUUGGUAGGUUUUUUCAGGAACUUGCUACCCUGAUGCCAGGUGGGUGAUACUUGGGUCCUUUUGUUAGUGAGAGAACUUGGUUGGAGGGUUACUGUCAUUCAGGCUCUGUGUUACCGCAGAUCCUGGCUAAAAGCAGAGAAUACCAAAGGAUGUUUACCUGUGCUUUAUUGACUAGGCAAAGGCAUUUGACUGUGUGGAUCAUAGCAAAUUAUGGAUAACAGUGCAAAGAAUGGGAAAUCCAGAACACUUAACUGCACUCAUGAGGAACCUGUACUUAGACCAAGAGGCAGUCGUUCAAACAGAACAAGGGAAUACUGAGUGGUUAAAAUCAGGAAAGGUGUGCAUCAGGGUUAUAUCAUUUCACCAUACUUAUUCAAUCUGUAUGCUGAGCAAAUAAUCUGAGAAACUGGACUAUAUGAAGAAGAACAUGGCAUCAGGAUUGGUGGAAGAUUCAUUAACAGCCUGCAGUAUACAGAUGACAAAACCUUGCUUGCUGAAAGCGAAGAGGACUUGAAGCACUUACUGAUGAAGACUGAAGACUAUACAUCCUUCAGUAUGGAUUAUACCUCAAUAUAAAGAAAACAGAAAUGCUCACAACUGAACCAAUAAGCAACAUCAUGAUAACUGGUGAAAAUAUCGACUUUGGCAAGGAUUUUAUUUUACUUGGAUCCUCAAUCAACACCCAUGGAAGCAGCAGUCAAGAAAUCAAAUGAUGCAUUGCAUUAGGCAAAUCUGCUGCAAAAGACCUCUUUAAAGUGUUACGUAGCUGUCACUUUGAGGAACAAGGUGCACCCCAUGCAAGCCAUAUUUUCAGUCGCCUCAUAUGCAUGCGAAAACUGGCCAAUUAAAAAGGAAUACCAAAGAAGAACUGACACCUUUGAAUGUGUGGUGAAGAAUAUUGGAUACACCAUGGACUGCCAGCAAACGAACAAAUCUGUCUUGGAAAAAGUACAGCCAGAAUGCUUCUUAGAAAUGAGGAUAGUGACACUUCAUUUCACAUACUUUGGACGUGUUAUCAAGAGGUACCAGUCCCUGGAGAAGGACAUUGUACUUGGUAAGGUAAAGGGUCAGCAAAAAAGAGGAAGACCCUCAACGAGAUGGAUUGACACAGUGGCUACAGUAAUGGGCACGAACAUAACAAUGAUUCUGAGGAUAGUACAGAACAAGGAAGUAUUUCAUUCUGCUAUAUGUAGGGGCAGUAUGAGUCAGAACCAACAUGACGGUACCUAACAGCAAUAUUUAAUAUAAUUUUAUAUUAUUAUACAACUGCUCCUCAGGUAUCAACUGUCUCGUUAUCUGACAUUUCACAUUUACAACAAUAGUAAAAAAUCUACUACUCAAUUAUUUUGCAAUUAACAACAUACACCUGGCAGUAAGGAAUGCAGAGGUGUGAAUGAGGGUAAUGCUGGCUGUGAUGGUUAAGAUUAUGUGUCAACGUGGCUGAGCCAUUGUCUUAGGCUGGGAUCUCUAGAUAAGCAAAACCAGUAAAGUGUGUAUAGAGAGAGAGAGAGAGGUUUACAUCAAGGGAAUAGCUCACGUGGUUGUGGAGGCUGUAACAUCCCAAGUCCGUGGGUCAGGAAAUAGGCUUCUCCUGAUUCACGUAGCCGCAGGGCUGGCAAACUCAAGAACGGCAGGCCAAAGAGCAGGGCUGUUGCUCACAGACUGUGAAGAUGGACAAAUCCCAAGAUUGGCAGGCAAGAUGUCAGGUAGGCUGCUAGCUCAAGUCCCAAGAACUGAAGGUAAGAUGAACAAGAACCAGCUGCGAGAUCCAGAACAAGCAAAAGCCCCUGAGCCCUGCCUCAGCGUCCACCCACACUCAAUGCAGCCACACGCCCAAGGAAACUCCCUUCAACUGAUUGGCUACUCACAGCAGAUCUCAUCAUGGGGGUGAUCGUGUAUCGGAUCUCAACAAGGAAGUGAUCACAACAUUAUACAACUGCGAAAACAGAGACUCAUGGCCCAGCCAAGUUGACACACAAUUUUAACCAUUAUAGCCAUGAUUCUCAGUGGCUUGGCAGUUAUGUGAUGAUAUAAUUUGGCAGUUAUGUCAUGAUAUAACUUGGCAGUUGUGUAAUGCAGUUUGAAUCUGCCAGGCGCUCCUUGGAAACUCUAUCGGGCAGUUCUACUCUGUCCUAUAGGGUCGCUAUGAGUCGGAAACGACUCAAAGGUGGUGGGUGGUGGUGGUGGUGGUGUAAUGAUGUAGUCAUCCUUCAUUUUUGCAUAACACUGAUUUUCACAUACCAACCUAGUCUUUGGAACCUAACCAUCUCGUUAAAUGAGGAGUGAAUGUAUAUAGAUUUUAUAUUAAUAAAAACAAGUAAGUAUAAAAAACCAAACCAAAACCAGAGCCAUCGAGUCGAUUCUGACUCAUAGCAACCCUACAGGACAGAGUAGGACUGCCCCAUAGAGUUUCCAAGGAAUGCCUUGCGGAUUUGAACUGCAGACCCUUUGGUUAGCAGCUGUAGCACUUAACCACUACGCCACCAGGGUUUCCACAAUUUAAGUGUAGAUAUUUAAAAAGAUGUUCAUACUAUACAUACUAUUUUAUAACCUGCUUAUCUCACUAAUAUAGCAGAGAUACUUCUUUCAUGUCAAUAUAGAUCUAAUCAGAAUGACUGAAGAAUACUCCAUUUUAGGCUGGGUUCUCUAGAGAAACAAAACUAGUGCAACAUAUGCAUAUAUGUAGGGGGAGAUUUAUAUAAAGGAAGUGGCUCACAUGGUUGUAGAGACUGGAAAGUCCCAAGUUUGUGGGUCAGGCUGGGGGUUUCUCCUGACUCAUAGCCACAGGUGCUGGUGAAUCCAAGGUUGGAAAGUUAGAAAGGAGGCCUCUGACUCACAAAAUAUGCAGGCUGGUGAAUCCCAAGAUCUGCAGGUAAGAUGCCAGGCAAGUUGCUAACUCAAGUUCCAAGAACCAGAGGUUAGAUGAACAGGAGCCAGCUGCAGGAUCCAGAGUGAGCAAAAGCCCAUGAGCCUUGCCAGAAAGUCCACCUAUAUUGGAUGUAGGCCACACACCCAAGGAAACUCCCUUUGAACUGAUUGGCUGCUCACAGCAGAUCUCAUCAUGGAGGUGAUCACAUUAUAUCAGAUCUCAUAAUGGAGAUGAUUACAUCAUUAUAAAGCUGCCAAACUAUAUCAUAACUGUCAAACCACUGAGGAUCAUAGCCCGGCCAAGGUGACACAAAACUUUAACGAUCACAUAUUCCGUUAUAUAAAUAUGCCCUAAUUUAUCCAGUUUUCUACUGAUGGCUACUUAGAUUACUUCUAAAUUUUUACUAUUAUUAACACUGUAAACAUGCACACACAUAUUUUUACUAAUUUAUCCAUUCUUUUUUCAGGAUAAAUAUUUUACACUUUUUUUUCUAAAUUUUGCUUGUUUUGUUGCUAUUUAGAAUAUACACAGCAAAACAUAACACUGAUUCAUCAGUUUCUACAUAUACCAUUUAGUGACAUUGAUUACAUUCUUCAUGCUGUGCAACCAUUCUCAUCCUCCUUUUCGGAGUUGUUCCUCCCUCAUUAGCAUAACACUGCUCCCUAAGUUUCCUAUCUAAUGUUUCAAAUGCCUGUUGUCAACUUGAUCCCAUAUAGAUCUUUAAAAAGCAUACUGCACAAGGCAGACCUUUUUUAUUAGUUAAGCUAAAUUAUUAUUCAGUUUUAAGAUGAAUUCAGGGAGUAUUUUUGGUUUGUUGUUGUUAGGUGCCACCAAGUCACUUCCAACUCAUAGCGACACUAUGCACAAUAGAACAAAACACUGUCCGGUCCUGCAUCAUCCUCAUAAUCUUUAUGCUUGAGCCCAUUGUUGCAGCCACUGUGCCAGUCCAUCUCGUUGAGGGUCCUCCUCUUUUUGGCUGACUCUCUACCAAACAUGAUGUCCUUCUCUAGGGACUGGUCCCUCCUGAUAACAUGUCCACAGUAUGUGAGAUGUAGUCUCGCUGUUCUUGCUUCUAAGAAGCAUUCUGGUUAUACUUCUUCAAAGACAGAUUUGUUCAUUCUUUUGGCAGUCCGCGGUAUAGUCCAUAGUCUUUGCCAACACCACAAUUCAAAGGCAUCAAUUCUUCAGUCUUUCUUAGUCAUUCUCAAGGCAUCUUGAUUUCUUGACUGCUGCUUCCAUGGGUGUUGAUUGUGGAACCCAGUAGAAUGAAAUCCUUGGCAACUUAAUUUUAACUUAAUUUUUGGUUUAAGGUUUAAAUAUCUCAGGGAAAUAAUUUCAGGGGUUAAUCCACCCUCCAUGGCUCCAGAGGAGUCUAGAGUUGAUGAGAAUUUGAAAUUCUAUUUUGCAUUUUCCCCUUUUUCAUAAGGAUUCUUUAAUGAAAUCUUUGAUCAAAAUGUUCAGUAUUGGUAGCUGGGCACCAUCCAAUUCUUCUGGUCUCAUGGCAAAGGAGGUAGUUGUUCAUGGAAACAAUUAGCCACACAUUCCAUUGUUGUUGUUAGAUGCCAUCAAGUCAUUUCUGAUUCAUAAUGACCCUAUGUGCAGCAGAACGAAACACUUCCUGAUCUUGCACCAUCCUCACAACUGUUGUUAGGCUUGAGCUCAUUGUUGUAGCCACUGUGUCAGUCCAUCUUGUUGAAGGUCUUCAUGUUUUUUGCUGACCUUCUACCUUACCAAGCACAAUGAUCCCCAGUCAACACCCACGGGAGAAGCAAUCAAGAACUCAAACGAUGCAUUCCAUCAGUCAAAUCUGCUGCAAAAGACCUCUUUAAAGUGUUAAAAAGCAAAGAUCUCACUUUGAGGACUAAGGUGCACCUGACCCAAGCCAUGGUAUUUUCAGUUGCCUCAUGUUGUUGUUAUUAGGUGCCGUCAAGUCGGUUCCGACUCAUAGUGACCCUAUGCACAACAGAACGAAACACUGCCCAGUCCUGAGCCAUCCUCACAAUCGUUGUUAUGCUUGAGCUUAUUGUUGCAGCCACUAUGUCAGACCGCCUUGUUGAGGGUCUUCCUCUUUUCCACUGACCCUGUACUCUGCCAAACAUGAUGUCCUUCUCCAGGGACUGAUCCCUCCUGACAACAUGUCAAAAGUAUGUAAGAUGCAGUCUUGCCAUCCUUGCUUCUAAGGAGCAUUCUGGUUGUACUUCUUCUAAGACAGAUUUGUUAGUUCUUUUGGCAGUCCAUGGUAUAUUCAAUAUUCUUUGCCAACACCACAAUGCAAAGGCGUCAGUUCUUCUUCGGUCUUCCUUAUUCAUUGUCCAGCUUUCACGUGCAUAUGAUGCAAUUGAAAAUACCAUGGCUUGGGCCAGGUGCACCUUAGUCUUCAAGGUGACAUCUUUGCUCUUCAACACUUUAAAGAGGUCCUUUCCAGCAGAUUUACCCAAUGCAAUUGUUUCUUGACUGCUGCUCCCAUGGCUGUUGAUUGUGGAUCCAAGUAAAAUGAAAUCCUUGACAAUGUCAAUCUUUUCUCCGUUUAUCAUGAUGUUGCUUAUUGGUCCAGUUGUGAGGAUUUUUGUAUUAUGUUGAGGUGUAAUCCAUACUGAAGGCUGUGGUCUUUGAUCUUCAUCAGUAAGUGCUUCAAGUCCUCUUCACUUUGAGCGUAACGCAGGUUGUUAAUGAGUCUUCCUCCAAUCCUAAUGCCCCGUUCUUCUUCAUAUAGUCCAGCUUCUCGGAUUAUUUGUUCAGCAUAAAGAUUGAAUAGGUAUGGUGAAAGGAUACGACCCUGACGCGCACCUUUCCUAACUUUAAACCAAUCGGUAUCCCCUUGUUCUGUCAGAACAACUGCCUCUUGAUCUAUGUACAGGUUCCUCAUGAGCACAAUUAAGUGUUCUGAAAUUCCCAUUCUUUGCAAUGUUAUCCAUAAUUUGUUAUGAUUCACACAGUUGAAUGCCUUUGCAUAGCCAGUAAAACACAGGUAAACAUCCUUCUGGUAUUCUCUGCUUUCAGCCAGGAUCCAUCUGACAUCAGCAAUGAUAUCCCUGGUUCCACGUCCUCUUCUGAAACUGGCCUGAAUUUCUGGCAGCUCCCUGUCGAUACACUGCUGCAGCCGUUUUUGAAUGAUCUUCAGCAAAAUUUUGCUUGCAUGUGAUAUUAAUGAUAUUGUUCUAUAAUUUCCACAUUCGGUUGGAUCACUUUUCUUGGGAAUAGGCAUAAAUACGGCUCUCUUCCAAUCCGUUGGCCAGGAAGCUGUCUUCGAUAUUUCUUGGCAUAGAUGAGUGAGCACCUCCAGCACUGCAUCUGUUUGUUGAAAUAUCUCAACUGAUAUUCCAUCAAUUCCUGGAGCCUUGUUUUUUGCCAAUUCCUUCAGAGCAGCUUGAACUUCUUCCUUCAGUAGCAUCGGUUUCUGAUCAUAUGCUACUUCUUGAAAUGUUUGAACAUCGACUAAUUCUUUUUGGUAUAAUGACUCUGUGUAUUCCUUCCAUCUUCUUUUGAUGCUUCCUGCAUCAUUUAAUAUUUUCCCCAUAGAAUCCUUCACUAUUGCAACUGGAGGCUUGAAUUUUUUCUUCAGUUCUUUCAGCUUGAGAGUUGCCUCAUUUGCAUGCGAAAGUUGGACAAUGAAUAAGGAAGACCAAAAAAGAAUUCUUGCCUUUGAGUUGUGGCAUUGGCAAAAGAAUGAGGAAAUCUGUCUUGGAAGAAGUAUAGGCCAGAAUGCUCCCUAGAAGCAAGGAUGAUGAGACUUCAUUUCACACACUUUGGACAUGUUAUCAAGAGGGACUAGUCCCUGAAGAAGGACAUCAUGCUUGAUAAAGUGGAGGGUCAGUGAAAAAGAGGAAGACCCUUGUCAUGGAUUGAAUUAUGUCCCCCAAAAAAUGUGUAUAUGAACUUGGUUAGGCCAUGAUUCUCAGUAUUCUGUGGUUGUCCUCUAUUUUGUAAUAGUAAUUUUAUGUUAAGAGGAUUUGGGUGGGAUUGUAACACCACCGUUACUCAGGUCAGCUCCCUGAUCCAAGGUAAAGGGAGUUGCCCACAUACCACCUUUUAUCUCUUGAGAGAGAUAAGCAGAGAGUUGGGGACCUCACACCACCAAGAAAGCAGCACCAGGAGCAGAGCGCGUCCUUAGGACACGGGGUCCCUGCGCCUGAGAAGCUCCUCGACCAGGCGAAGAUUGAAGACAAGGACCUUCCUCCAGAGCCGACAAAGAGAAAGGCUUCCUCUGGAGCUGACACCCUGAAUUUGGACUUGUAACCUACUAGACUGUGAGAAAACUUCUCUUUGUUAAAGCCAUCCAUUUGUGGUAUUUCUGUUAUGGCAGCACUAGAUGACUAAAACAACCCUCAGUGGGAUGAGUGGCUUCAACAGUAGGCUCAACCAUAGCAGCAAUCAUGGGGAUGGCGCAGGACUGGGCAAUGUUUCAUUCUGUUGUACAUAGGGUCACUAUGACUCAGAACCAACUUGAUGACACCGAACAGCAACAACAGACUAAGAGAUGGCUCUGGAACAGGUUCAUUCUGCCGUGCAAGUAGCUCUACCACUUCGACAAUAUUAUCCAGCUGAUCUAGUGGUGCUUGGAGUCUCAGUCACAGAUGGACAUGCUGUUUGGAGUCUUUGGCAGGCCCCUAUUGGUGAAUCACAGUACAGACCCUUAGGAUUUUGCAGGAAAGCCUUGUCAUCCUCUGCAGAUAACUACACUCCUUUUGAGAAACAGCUUUGGGCUUGUUACUGGACCUUUGUAGAGACUGAAUGCUUAACCUUGGGCUACCAAGUCGCCAUGUGGCCUCAGCAGCCCAUCACAAACUGGGUGUUGUCUGACCCACAGGGCUGUAAAGUAGGACGUGCACAGAAGCACUCCAUCAUUAAAUGGAAGUGGUAUAUACAAUAUCAGGCCCAAGCAGGACUUGAAGGCAUAAGUAAGUUACAUAAAGAAGUGACCCAAAUGCCCAUGGUCUCCCCUUCUGUCACCUUACCUUAUAUCACCUGGUUGUUCACUUUGCUUGGGAGGAGAAAUUGCCAGAUGUGCAACUGUGUACUACUUCAUGAGCUGUGACCAAUGGUUUGGCUGAAUGGCCAGGGACUUGGAAGGUACAUGAUUGAAAAAUUGGAGACAAGGAGGUAUGGCGAAGAGGUAUGUGGAUGGACCUCUCUGAAUGGGCCAAAGAAAUGAAAGUAUUUGCGUCUCAUGUGAAUGCUCACCAAAGAGUGACCCCCAUAGAGGAGGAUUUUAACAAGUGGAUAGGAUGACAUGUUCUGUGGAAACCAAUCAUCAUCUUUCCCCAGCCACUCCAGCCAUUGCCCAAUGGGCUCAUGAACAAAAUGGCCGUGGUGGCAGGGAUGGAGGUUAUCUGUGAUAGUUAAGAUUGUGUGUCAACUUGGCUGGGCCAUGAUUUUCAGUGUUUUGGCAGUCGUGUGAUGUUGUGGCCACUUCCCUGUGAGAUUUGUUAUGUGAUCACCCCCAUAAUGGGAUCUGCUGUGAGUAGCCAGUCAGUUGAAGGGGAGUUUCCUUGGUGUGUGGCCUGCAUCGAGUGUGGGUGGACAUUCUGGCAGGUCUCCGGGGCUUUUGCUCAUUCUGGAUCCUGCAGCUAGCUCCUGUUUGCCUAAUCUCUGGUUCUUGGGAUUUGAGCUAGCAGCUUACCUGCCGUCUUGCCUGUGGAUCUUGGGUUUCAUUGAUCUUCACAGUCUGUGAACAAGAGCCCUGCUUCCUGGCCUGCUGAUCUUGGUUCGCCAGCCCCUGCUGCUACAUGAAUGAGGAGAUGCCUCUAUCCGGACCCAUGGACUUGGGAUGUUUCAGCCUCUACAACAGCAUGAGCCAUUUCCUUUAUAUAAAUCUCUCUCUCUCUCUCUCUCUCUCUAUAUAUAUACAUAUAUAUAUUUAUACCCUUUACUGGUUUUUCUUCUCUAGACAACCUAGCCUAAGACAUUAUCCAUGGGCUCAGCAACACAGACUUUCACUUGCCAAGGCCAGCUUGGCUACAGCCACUGCUGAGUGCCCAAUCUGCCAGCAGCAGAGACCAACUGAGUCCCUGAUAUGGCACCAUUCCUUGAGAUGAUCAGCCAGCAAAGUGGUGGCAGGUUGAUUGGAUUCAAUCAAUUCCAUCAUGGAAAAGGCAGUGUUUUGCUCUUACUGGAAUAGACACUUAACUGUGUGUAUAGAUUUGCCUUCCCUGCAUGCAGUGCUUCUGCCAAAACUACCAUUCAUGGACUUAUAGAAUGCCUUAUCCACCGUCAUGAUAUCCUGCACAGCAUCGCCUUGGAUCAUGGAACUCACUUCACAGCAAAUGAAGUGCAGAGAUGAACCCAUGCUUAUGGAAUUCAUUGGUCUUCCCAUGUUCCCGAGUAUCCUGAAGCUGCCGACUUGAUAAAGUAACGGAAUGGCCUUCUAAAGACACAAUUACAGCACCAGCUAGAUGCCAGUACGUUUCAGGGUUGUGGCAUUGUUCUCCAGCAGGCUUUAUGUGCUUUAAACUAGCAUCCAAUAUAUGGUGCUUUUUCUCCCAAAGCCAGGACUCAUGGGCCCAAGAAUCAAGGGGUAGAAAUGGGAGUGGCACCACUCACCAUGACCCCUAGUGAACCACAUGCCAAAAUUUUUGCUUCCUGUCCCUGCAGACCUAUGCACUGUAUGUCUAGUGAUCUUAGUUCCGAAGGGAGGAAUGCUCCCACCUGGAGACACAACUGAUUCCAUUGAACUGGAAGCUAAUAAUGCCACCUGGCCACUUUAGGCUCCUAUGCCUCCGGAUCAACAGACAAAGAAGGGAGUUGCCGUAUUGACUGGUAUGGCUGAUCCUCAUUACCAGGAGGAAAUCAGAUUGAUACUGCAUAAUGAAGGUAAAGAAGAGUAUGUCUGGAAUGCAGGAGAUCUCUUAGGGUGUCUCUUAGUACUACCAUGCCCUGUGAUUAAAGUCAAUGGAAAACUACAGCAAUCCAAUUCCAACAAGACUUCUAAUGGCCCAGACCCUUCAGGAAUGAGGUUUGGUUCAACUCCCCAGGCAAAGAACCAUAACCAGCUGAGGUGCUUGCUGAGGGUAAAAGGAACACAGAAUGGGUGGUGGAAGAAGGUAGUUCUAAAUACCAGCUACGACCAUGUGACCAGUUGAAAAAAAUGAGAACAAUAAUUUUUAUGAGUAUUUCAACCUUGUAUGUAUGCAUCAAAAAUUUUUGUUUUCUUCACUUAUAAGAUGUAAAUGGGCUAGUAUGUUUUAUGUUGUACUCAUGUUAGUUGUAUCAUGUUAGGUGCAAGUAUGACUUUAUAAUUGUUUUAAUUUAGAGAUUGUAUAUGGUUUGAGGAAAUCUAUACAGUUGCGAAGUUGACAAGCGGUGGACUAUGAUGGUUAAGGUUGUGUGUAAACCUGGCUGGGCCAUGAUUCUCAGUGGUUUGGCAGUUAUGAUGUAGUUUGGCAGUUAUAUAAUGAUGUGUGUGUGUGUGUGUGUGUGUAUGUGUGUGUGUAUAUAUAUAAGCAAAAUCAGUGAAGCAUGUGUGUGUGUAUAUAUAUAUACACUUAUAUGUGUGUGUGUAUGUGUAUAUAUAUAUAUAUGUAUAUACAUGCAUACACACAUAUGUAUACUUUCUGGCAAAGCUUGCUGGGUUUUACUCUGCUGUUGAUCCUGCAUUCAGUUCAUCAUCAUGUGAACUCUGGUUCUUGGGACUUGAGUCAGCAACCUAUCUUCAGACCACCCAAUCUUGGGUUCACCAGUCCCUGCAGCUACGUUAGUCAGGAGAAGCCUCCAGCCUGACGAGUGAUCCACAGACUUGGGACUUUCUAGCCUCUACAACCUCAUGAGCCAUUUCCUUGAUAUAAAUCUCUGUCUCUCUCCGUAUAUGUAUGUAUAUAUAUGUACAUGUGCACACACACACGCCCACAUAUAUAUGUGUACAUAUAUGUAUACACACGUGCUUCACUGGUUUUGCUUCUCUAGAGAACCCAGGCUAAGACAACCCUAAAUCUCCAAACCAAGGAACCAAGUCCCAUGAGGUGUUUGGUUGUACAUAAGCAGUCUCAGCAGCUAUUCUUUUUUUUAAUGUUGUAAAUAUAUCUAAAACACAGUUUUUUACUGUUUAAUUUUUUACAGGUGUACAACUUAUUGAUAGCAAUUGCAAUAAUCAGCUGUGCAAUCCCAUCCUUAAACAAUGUGAUUUAUCCAUUACUGUUAACUCUCCUUUUCCUCUCCCUCCCGCCCCAGUAACCAGUAAUAAACUUUGUUUCUAUACAUUGCCUUUUCUUGUCUUUUUAUAUAAGUGAGGUCAUAUAACAGUUGUCCUUUUGUGAUUGGCUUAUUUUGCUCAGUAUAGUGUCCUCGAGCGGAUGUCCAUCCGUACUGUAGCAUGUAUCAAGGCUUCAUUUCUCCUACUUACUCAGUAACAUUCCAUUGUAUAUAUGUACCAAAUUUUGUUUAUCCACUCAUGUGUUGAUGGACAUUUAGGUUGUUUCUACUUUUUGGCUAUUGUGAAUAGUGCCACAGUGAACACUGGUAUACAAGUAUGUUUUUGAGUCUCUGCUUUAAGUCUUUUGGGUAUAUACCUAGGAGAGGAAUUGCUGUUGUGAGGCUUUUAAGUUUCUACUUCCCCACAUUUAACCCUGAGUCCUCCCAAAGGGAAGGGAACUUGUUUUGUUAAUCUCUGAAUUCCCAGCUUCUAACACAGCAUCCCAGUAGGGCUCGGUAAAUGUUUGACUUAGUCAGCAGAGCUAAUGUUUUACUCUUCAAAUGCAGUUUUCCUUUUUUCAUGCUGAACAUUGGGGUUGUACAGCUCACCACGGAACCCCAGCAGCCCACAACUUGGCCACAAUCACAUGGGGCACUGUGGACUUCAGUGAGUCCUUGCCCACACUGAGACUUCUGAAGCAGCCUAUUAGGUUGAGUUUUAUGUGCCUUUACAGGCUCAUGUUCAGCAUCCACUUAAAAUCUACUCAACUUUCUGUGCUGAGGUGUGAAACUUAGCCCCUGCCGUAGACGCUGAGGAGCUCAAUAGGAAAGUGGUUCUUUAGUGGCUGUGAUUUGCACGUUAAGUUAACUUUUGCCAUGGUUGGGUGGCCCUGUUUGCCGAGGUUGAGGACUAAGAUGGGAGGAAUUUUAGUGUUUCAGGAACUAAAGAUAGCUUGAAUGGGUGUGGGAAAUUGCAGUUCUCAUUUUUCCUUCCCUCUUUUGUUUUGUUUUCCUCUAAGGCAGGGGAUGGAAUUUUUCUUUGAGUAGCAAUAUGGGGGAAGGGAAGUAGCUGUAAACUUUCUCUCUCCAGAGUGAGACUGGCUAUGUUCUUGGAUCUCUGUUUCAGUGGUGUUCUGUAGAUUAAUUCAGCAGCCUCCAGAUUGAUCUAUGUUCUCUCGAACCUGCAGUCUAGUACAGCAGAAGACACUACAUGCGUUCUAAUACAGAGGUCCCCAGGCUGCAGAAAAUCCACUGCAGCCUACUUGACUUUCUCCCCCACAAUUUUGCAUUAAAAUCCCAUUUCUUUUGCUUACCUCACAAAAAUCCUGGCACCUGCUUAUUAUGAUUAAGAAUGUUGCUGAUGUAACUUGACAUAACCCCUUACUUGUAAACCCCUUAAGAUUAACCUUUCCCCUCGCCCUUGUGGAGCAGCCUUGGUGGCAGCAGCUCUGACUGGCUCCUUUUCUUGCAAAACGAAAUAAAAGUGUCUUUUUGCCUUCCCACCUCAGUCUCUCGUUUAUUGGCCAAUAUGAGUCAUGCCGAGCAAGAACUUGGGGUUUCUACCUGGUCACACUUCUGACAGGCCAACCAGGAGUCAUCCACGUGGUUCCUGAGGUGGAUCAGACAACAGAUCGACCCUGAUGUCUGGUGCAACCAGAUUUCUCCUGAAGACCUUGGAGCAGCCCUGAAAGCCCAUCUACCCCGGACCCAAAAGAUGACUCCGUGGUAGGCAUGAAACACUCCUGAGUUGUUUGAUAAGUACCUCGGUAAGGCCUUAGGAAGAGUCCCAAGAAGCAGAAGGAAUUGACCUUUGAGGGCAUUAGGUAUCUGAGGCUAUUUGGUAAAUAACAGGGUAAUUCCUAGGUAAGGCCUUAGAAGAGUCCCAAGAAGCCAGAGGAAUUGACCGUUGAGAUCAUAAGAGGCUCUAGGUACCUGUUAGGUUGGUGCACCAGAUUAGAUUGUGUGAGUGUGUAAGUGUGUGUAUCCAGAGAAUGGGGAAUGUUCAAGGGAUCCCAGAAUGCAGCCUGCUAAGAUGCAUCCUUAAGAACUGGGAACAGAGAUAAGGACAGACAUGGCUCUGGCAGCAUGCUUGUCUGUUACCUACUUAUGCCUCUUUAAUUAUGUACAGAAUAAAACCUUUCUUUUUGCUUUACUAAAUUUUAUGGUGUUUUCACCCUACAAAGGUCAAUGGUGUAGUCAUUAUAUUCUAAAGCCAAGAAUCCAGUCAACUUCAAGGAGACCUGGAAUGUGGAGCAGAAGCAGGCAAAAGAGGUCCUAUCUUCCGAACUUACAUGAAGUUCCCACUCCAUGUCCCUUCCACAUCGAUGGG